GAAAGGUCAUCGAGAAAGAAAUGAGGUUCGACUUCGAGAGAGUUUUACAAAUCGUGGACUCAGAAACAGUCGUGAGUAUGAUCCACAAGACAAGCACACGUUUCAAAGUUUACGAGGGAGUACGAAUCGGAGAAAUCCAAGCAGCAACUGAAGGAGAUCUGACUUGCUGGGCUUGGAUGUCUGGCCAACAUAAUACAGCUGACUGGUUGACACGCGGCAGAGCACCACAGGAGCUGAACAACGAUUCUCAUUGGUGGAAUGGACCGCCGAUUCUAUACCGACCGAUAGAAGAAUGGGGAUUAAAGUUUAACCCAAAGAAAGAACCACUCCCCGGUGAAAAGAAAGUCCAUGUUGUAGCAGCAGCAGCGAGCGUAGAGGCAUUGUUGAUCGACUAUGAAAGAUUCAGCAAUAUCAACAAAGCUAUUUGGGUCGUCGCGAGAUUGCUAAACAUUGCGAAGAAGAAAAGUUUUAAAGGCGGAAGGACUCUGUCCAUCUCGGUUAAGCAAUUACAAGAAGCCGAGAACUUUAUUGUUAAAGAAGUUCAGAAAUCAUUUGAAAGUGAACUGACAAAAACUGACCGCAAAGGCAGAAAAGGUGGUCGUUUCGCUUGUUUCAAUCCAGUCCAAGAUGAAAGUGGACUCUGGGUAGUGGGACAGCGCCUGAAGAACAAAAAUCCCAUGACAGUGGAUUCUUCGCUGCAAAAGCUAUUGCCCUACCGACAUCAUGUUACCAGACUCUUCAUGCAACGAGCUCACACUUCUGGUCAUAGAGGGCGUGAUGCAACCUUAGCACGAUUCCGCCAACUCUACUGGGUAACCCAAGGAAGCAAACUCGCUCAAUCAAUCAAGAGUAAAUGUCAGAUGUGCAAGCUACGAGAAGCAAAGUUCCUCGAGCAGCAAAUGGGACAAUUACCGGAAGCAAGAUUGAAACCAUCUCCAGCUUUCAACCACGUUAUGAUAGACCUUUUCGGACCCUACUCGGUUCGUGGAGAAGUGCAGAAAAGAACAAGUGGUAAAGCGUACGGAGUAAUCUUCACAGAUCUAGUUAUGAGAGCAGUCCACAUUGAAGCUGUGUUCGGGUACGAUACCGAAUCAUUCCUAAUGGCCCUCAGCAGAUUCGUCAGUGUUCGUGGUUGGCCCGAAAUCAUAUAUAGUGAUCCCGGAUCACAACUAAUUGGUGCGGAAAGAGAACUCACGGAAACCUGGAAGAGCAUUGACCGACAAUCCCUACAUAAAAGUGGCACAGAGAAUGGAUUGACCUGGAUCUUCGGCCCCGCUGAUAGUCCUUGGUACCAAGGAGCUGUAGAAUCCCUGGUGAAGAGUGCCAAGAGAGCUAUUCAUUUCGCAAUCAAUAACCAACGUCUUUCAGUCCAAGAGUUCAUGACGGUGUGUAGCGAAGCCACGAACCUCCUCAAUGAAAGACCUAUCGGAACCCUCCCGAGCGCUGAUUCCGAAUUAAACAUCCUUACUCCCAACAGUUUGUUACUGGGCAGAGCAACCGCGAAGAAUCCUGGUGGAUGGCAGCCUAACGGUAAUAAUCCAGGAAAGCGUUAUCAUGUUGUCCAGAUCGUGACAGACGAGUUCUGGAAGAAAUGGACGGAGUUAUACGCCCCAACCUUGGUUAUUCGUCGCAAGUGGAAUACAGCCAACCGUAACCUGCGCCCAAGAGAUGUUGUAAUAAUCGCCGACCGUAAUACCUUGCGAGGAGAUUACCGUUUAGGUAUAGUACAAGAAGUGUUUCCCAGUCAAGACGGAAAAGUUCGUCGAGUAAAUGUGAUGUACAAGAAUUUUCAAAUUGGAGAAAAGGUACAAAAAUACAAAGGACAUAACGAGGCUGUCAUUGUGUCACGAAGUGCUCAGCGAUUAUCGUUAUUAGUACCAGUGGAUAUGGAUCAAGACCAGGAAACCAAGUCGGAAGCAAAAGAGAGUGUAUGAAUCGACAGUGACAUUAUAUAGUAUUGAGUGAACAAUGCAUUAGAGAAAUUUACAUUCAGAUUUUAAGACGCGAUCGCAUCGACCCCAGUCCUUCCGGUGUAUUGGGUUGUAGUAAAGUCGUAGACAAUAAUCUCCGCGAUCGCCUUUUGAACGAUGUUUUUUACGUUUUGUUAGAGCAUGCGCA